UCAAAAAGAGAAAAUAAAAAUAAAAAUGAACAGAGAGCCAGGCCACGGCGUAGUCAGCCAAUGCAUAAAAGAGUGGAGGGAAUACUUGGUUCAGGAGAAAGGCGCUUCUAUAAAGAAAAUACAGGCAAUGCAGAUAAAAAAUACAUUUAAGUCUCAAGCUGUAAUGCCACAGACCACGCACAAACAAGAGGAUAGUGAAGAGACAAGAAAGAGAUUGAAGAAAGUCAGCCCACCCACAGAAAAGAUGGAUGAUAAGGCUGUAAUUCAGGCUGACCUGAUGGAAAAGAAGGAGGUUGGUAUAUCUACCGCUAAAAAUAGUGUAAAAGAAGAAAACACUACACCUUCUAGUGUUAAUCCCGCGAUAGAACAUAAGAGCAUAAAGAAAAGUUCUGCUGCUCCUACAACUACAAAGGGCAUAAAAGAUGUCAAAGCGAAAAUUAAUGUGUCUAAAGCUUCUAAAGAAUUAGAAAAGGGAAAGGCUAAAGAAGAGGUUAUUUCUAAAGAGGCAUAUGAUAAGAAAAUAGCCAAUAAAUUGAAGUAUCAAAAGAAGAAACAGGCCGAAAAGGAAAAGUCUGCUGGAUUAAGUAACAGUGGAAAUACAAAAGUGGUACUAAAUAAGAGCAAUGACAGUUCUGAUGUACCACAGAAGAAGGAAAAGAAAGAAGAAAAGAUUCCUUUACAGAAUGACCAGAUGUGUAUAGACAAAAAACUAGGCAAGGCUGAUACACCGGCUAAUACGCCCCGUCCAAAUUUAAUAUCUCCGCUUAGCCUAUUUGAGAAAAUGAAUCCUACGGCUGCAGUGGCUGGCCAGGAUAGUUUAGUCAUCGUACAGAAACCACCAGCGGAACCUACUUUUGCAUCUGAAAAUAGCAAGUCUACUGUUGCGAAAAGUGCAAACUCAACCGCCCCAGAGAAGCAGGAUGUGCCUACUGUGAAGGCAGAGAAAGAAGGCACUAAGCCAGCCCUAGCAUCUAGCCAAGAAGGAAUAUCUGAGAAUAAGGUAAGCCCUGUCAUAAAAACAGAGAAAGAGAAAGAAGAGGCACCUGCAUCAGCUUCCUCUGAUAUUUCUCAUAUAAACACCUCUUUUAUUCCUAUUCAUACGACCACCAGCAUAGGAAAGGACGUGCUUUCGGUAGAGGUAGAGUCCAAGAAAGAAAUAUUAAUUUCGGAGGGUUCCCCUGCAUUGAAAGAGAGCGCAUCCCCACAAAAACCCGCUACAUCUUUGAAUACAGCAUCACCAACUAAAAAAGCAGAGGCCAAUACUGAAUCUGUGAAUGUGCGGCCAUCUGUUAUUUCCAAUGUAUCUGAAAAGGGGCCAGUUUCUGCACUGUUUGUACAGAAAGAGAGCAUACCAGAUAUAAUUAAAGUAGACAAAAAAGAUCUUUUAAAGAAAUUAUACAAUGAAUCAUCUACUGAAAUAGAUAACCAAAAAAGCAAGAAUAUUCAUCUGUCAUCAACACUGUCAGUUGCCCAUUCAGUGGAUGAAAGUAACUUUGAGAGACUUCUUCCAUUAAAGAAUGAAAUAACUGUGGAAGUGCCUAAAAAGGAAGCGCCUGCAGCGCCAGCACCACACAUUCCUAACAAGAUUGUGAAUGACAGACGAAAAGACAGACCAAACCAGUCAUUUGUAGGUCUAAAACCCGAAGAAUUAAAGGAAAAGACAUUUGAGCUAAAUAAACUUCUAAUGGGAUUCAAAAAUAAAAUUAAAAAAGAACAACCACCGCAGCAAAAGCAGCCAGAACCACAGAAAAAUAAAGAUGCUUCUGAUGAACAAAAGGAAAAGCCGGCAGAGCCAGAGCAAGUGUUCACCCCAGUUAUUGAUUUCUCAGAUGAUGAUUCUGCCAGAGGUAUUAACUAUAAUAAAAAAUGGGUAGACAGCCCCUCUCUCCCCAGAAAAUUACUUAUGCAGAGUGAAGACCAAGCAGAGAAAAUAUUUGGAUCAUCGGUAAAUACAAAGGUAAAUCUAAAGGAAAUGUUCUCUACACUCACAAAUCUGCCAGCAGAUAGCCCUACAAAAAUGACAUAAGAGUUGUAUUUUAAUA